GCUUUUUUUGUCCAAGGCAUGUCAGUUCAUUUUCGAUAACCGACGGUGACAAUCGCACUAAACCCCCACCCAAGCCUUACAAUGAAUCCUUUGACGGUUGUUGCAGUCCUCUCCUCGAUGGCCCUGUCCGCUCAGGCUGGUCUAGUGGGUGCUCCCCUGGCCGCUGCUCCUCUGGGUGCUCCUCUGGCCUACUCCGCCCCUCUGGGAGCUGCUCCCUACUUUGCACCGGCUGCCUACUCCGCCGGCCCACUGGGCUACUCGGCUCCGCUGGGAUACAAUGCCCCACUGGUGGCUGGACCUGCUCCUCUGGUGGCCAAGACCUACGCCGCUGCUCCCUUCGCCGCUGGACCUUUUGCCGCUCCAUUCGCUGCUCCAGUUGCCCCAGUUGCUGCCCGCCUGGCUGCUCCUCUAGCUGCUCCAGUUGCUGCUCCUCUGGCUGCUCCCGUUGCUGCUCCAUUGGCUGCUCCAGUUGCUGCUCCUUUGGCUGCCCCAGUUGCUGCUCCUCUGGCUGCUCCAGUUGCUGCCCCCGUUGCCGCUCCCCUGGCUGCCCCCAUUGCCACCGAGAUUGUGGAUGCCCAUCCGCAGUACAAGUUCGCUUACGAUGUCCAGGACACGCUGACCGGUGACUCCAAGACCCAGGAGGAGACCCGUGAUGGUGAUAUCGUGCGCGGAUCCUACUCCCUGAUCGAACCCGAUGGUUCCCGUCGCAUUGUGAGCUACUACGCCGACUCCAUCAACGGAUUCAACGCAGUGGUGCAGAAGGAUGUGCCUGUGGCUGUGGCCCCAGUGGCUCCAGUUCUGGCCAAGACCGUGGCUGCUCCCGUGGUGGCUGCUGCCCCAGUGGCACCUGUGUUCGCCAAGACCCUGGCUGCUCCGAUCGUUGCCUAAGGAGGAGGAGCAAAGGAGCUGAGGAAGGAUUGACCCCAAUUCGACAAAGGACUUUCAUCUGUACAUAUUCGAUUAAUCAUUGUCGAACUCUAAAAUAACUUUCAUCGCAAAACCCAAAAUAAAAAAAAUUCUGAAAACAAA